AUGGAGAUUUUACUAAUUCUGGCAGUGCUCAUUAGACUUUCGAUCGUCGAUGGUCUGUUAUGUUUAUCUCCAUUGAAUCAGACAAUUAUGAUGUCCAUGAAAAAUCUCAGUCGUGAAAAUUUGAACGUAGCACUUAAUAAGAUUUCUCAAAGCGAAUUUAAAAGUCCAUGUCGUGCCAGCCUUAUUGCUGUUCCUGGUGCUGACAAAAUACAAUUUCUGUUUACUGAUAUGCUUCAACAGGAAAGAAUGUCUAUCGAUUCAAUUAAGUUCGUGACGACCGUACAUUAUUAUGGAAUCGAUCGUGGUAUUGUUUUAAAUCUUGUCCAAACUGCCUGUUCAUAUCGUGAUAUAUGUGAUAAAGAAUUCAUUUUAAAUCAUUUCGAAUGGCUAAUUCAAUUUCCGUCUGAUGACAUCUUUACAACGAAUGCACCUCUACUCUACAAGGAUUCUAAUCCAGUAGGACUAUGCAGUGGUGUUAACAAUACCAUACGGCAAUGCCCAAAUGCGAUGUGUGCUAUUGAGUGGCGCACCGAUGGAACUAGUUUCAAUGAAGGAUGUAUUGAGACCCCAAAUGCUCUUCUUCAAAUUCUUACUUCUAUCAACAUCACUACUACGCAAGAGACGACAGCAGUUAUUAUAGCAUGUAAUUAUGAUGAAUGCAAUAGCCGAAAAACUAUCUCCAAAAUUCAAGCAAAUAUUAAACAAUACUAUGAUAUUUCACCGCUCCAUAGAGCGUUAUUCAUUAGUAACAAAUCUUUAGAAGCUACAACCACUACCACCGUACUAACUACCUUUACAAAUUCUAUAACUUCAACACAAAUGACACCGAUUAUAUUGCCAUCAUCAGUGAUUAGUUCUACAACAACUGACGCAUCCACCAGUACCAGCAACAAUCUAUCGACAACACGAUCAUCUACUACUACAACAACAAGCACCACAACUACUCAUACAUCAAAUACCACGCCAAAGAACUGUUUUUCCGAGCGACAGUGGAAAAACACAAUGCUUACGGUUGGCCUGAUUAUAUUUGGACAUUUUCUCGUCACUUAUUGCCUCUCUCUAGACUAA